AUGGAAUACGACGAGAUAUCUCACGGCCAUCGUGGCCAACCGGAGAAUACCACGGCCCCGAUUGCUCCGACCGAAGACACUCCCAAUCGCGAUGAGGAGAAGAUGCAGCCCACCGAGGACUUCGGCGAGAGAGAUAUCAAGGUCGGAUAUAUGAACGAGGCAGACCGCCAUGUCUAUGAGAGCGGUAUUCAGAAGUUCAGCCGUCUUGGAUGGAAGCGACUUACCGUCGUCCUCAUUGUCGAGGCUAUUGCGCUGGGAAGUUUGUCCAUUCCUUCCUCAUUCGCCACCCUCGGAAUGGUGGCUGGCGUUAUUCUUACUGUUGGCCUCGGAAUUGUCGCCAUCUAUACCAGUUACAUUAUCGGCAAAGUUAAACUGGCAUUCCCUGAGGUUGCUCAUUAUGCCGAUGCGGGUCGUUUGAUGGGUGCACGUCUGGGAUGUCCUCGGUUCGGGUUUGAGCUUGUGAACGGGAUGCUGGCUAUCCAAUUGCUCUUCCUUACCGGAUCUCACUGUCUUACUGGAACUAUCGCCUUCCGAAACAUCACAAGUAGCGAAAUCUGCUCAGUGAUUUUCGGUGUGGUGUCUGCGAUUAUUCUCCUUCUCCUCGCCAUCCCUCCUAGUUUCACCGAGAUGGCUGUCCUAGGUUAUAUUGACUUUGCCUCCAUCAUUCUCGCUAUUGGUAUCACGAUUAUCGCUACUGGAAUUGAAUCGAGUAACGAAGUCGGUGGUCUUGCAGCUGUUGAUUGGUCUGCGUGGCCGAAAGAGGGUAUCACUUUCUCUGAGGCCUUUGUUUCCGUGUCGAACAUUGUCUUCGCGUACAGCUUUGCGCUCUGCCAAUUCUCCUUCAUGGACGAAAUGCACACACCCCGCGACUAUGUGAAGUCAAUCUGGGCUCUGGGUCUGAUUGAGAUUUUUAUUUACACCCUUACAGGCGCUCUCAUCUACGCCUUCGUUGGCCAGGAUGUUGGAAGCCCUGCCCUUCUCUCUGCUGGCAAUCUGGUUAGCCGUAUUGCUUUCGGAGUUGCUUUGCCUGUUAUCUUUAUUUCUGGCUCGAUCAAUACCGUUGUUUUUGGACGUCUUGUCCACGGCCGUAUUUUCGCCAACUCUCCUAUCCGGUUCAUCAACACCAAGACUGGCUGGUUGACCUGGUUGGCUGUUAUCACUGUUGGUACCAUCCUUGCAUUCAUCAUUGCCGAGGUGAUUCCCUUCUUCAACGAUUUGCUUUCCAUCUCUUCGUCGCUGUUUAUCUCUGGAUUUACCUUCUACUUCCCUCCAAUGAUGUGGUUCUUGCUUCUCAAGGAGGGCAGCUGGCGCGAGCCUAAGAACCUCGUCACCAGCAUGGUCAACCUUGCCGUCUUCCUAAUCGGUAUGGUCAUUUUGGUUGGAGGAACUUACUCCAGUAUUGAUGAUAUUAUGAACAAGUACAAGGCCGGUACCGUUCACGGUGUUUUCACCUGCGGUUCCCCAGAAUAA